GCCAAAAAAACGCGUUAGGGUUGAGAAUUACGAACACAUCUUCCGCCCCCAAUUACCAUUUCAUCGUCACCUCCCUUUUUGCUUCCUCCCCUCGCUUCACUGCAGCCAAAAGCUUCGUUUCCUCCACCCUCCCACUCCCACUCAAUGCUGCAUUGCUCUCACUGCCUCACACAUCGCGAACCCGAUCGCUUCGAUGACUUCGUGUGUUGUUCGGGAUGCGGCAAGGUGCUUGGGCAGUUUUUUGGAGGAAAGUACAUUGAUCAUAGCAAACCUAUACUCGGAACCGCUACCAAAUUGAAGAAGAGGAAGAAGGAGAAGAAGCAGCAACUUGAGAAGAUUAGAAUGGAUACCACGGAUCAACUCGCGGCAUAAUCUUUGACUAAUACUGGACUUAAAACUCACCAAUCUUUUUAAAUUUCCACUCUUUUUUUUAUAUCAAAUUCUUUUGAACGAAACCGAUUUCUGAGAGAGAUUGAUCGUCUCUAGCGUUUUGGAAUUACAGUUUGUUGCCCAUUUUUGUCCACAAUCAACAAUUUCCUCCUAGAAAUUGGAAUCAAUUUCCUGACAAAUAAUUCAUAUUUGGUAUCACUGAUUAAAAAAUUUAUCAGAACCGGAAGCAGAAGCAGAUGCAUGAUUCCAAUUUCAAAACAAGUUUAUUACUUACUCGCUCAUAGAAGUGGAUCGAAAUAACAUUUAAUUGCAAAAUGUGGAUUUUAAUUUUGUUAUUAACCAAUGUUUUCUAAGAAAGGAAAGUUUUCCUUAUUAACAUGAAAGAAGCAGAAUCUCAUUUAAAAAAAGAAAAAAAGAAAACUUGAAAUUAAAAGGUACUAAAAUGCUGCAUCAAUGGCAAUCCUCCAUAUUCAAUUCUACUGUGGCGUGCAAUUACAUGCGAUGAUCAAGGCCCUUGUUCGAUGCAAUUAGGGGAGAUUCUUGAGAAUUACAAACAAUCUAAACAAAGUCGUCAAUUUCUUUUUCGAAUCAAACUCAACCAUCUCAUUGAUGUAAAUUGAAAGUUUAUAGAUAACUUUAUAUUGUUUAAGGAGUGAUUGAGACAAAUUUAUAUAUAUAUUAUUUGUCGUGAGUGAUAAAACAAAUGGAGUUAUCCGUGAAAAGCAUUAAAUGACGACCACAUGGUCGAAUCACUGAGCUCCUGAAACCGCUGCAGAAUUUGCACAGCCAUGGAGUUGGCCGUCCAUUCCUCUCUUUCCUUCUUCAAUUAUUCCAAUUCAUUAACCCCAUCCCUACAUAGAACCAGACUCUCCAGCCUCAGCAUCCAGUUCCGGCCGAGGGGACGAUCGCUUCUUCAACCUCUACAAGCUUCUUCCCGCUGGCUUCUGUUCACAGGCGAUGGAGAGUGGAAGCAUAUAGGUUCCAAAGUAGAAAUGCCAGAUGCUUUCGAAAUUGUGUCGAAUGAAGUCACUGUCGGCCGUCUUCCUGAUAAAGCUGACAUUGUAAUUCCGGUUGCUACAGUUUCUGCUCAACAUGCUCGUAUCAAAAACCAAGAAGACAGGUUGUUGGUCAUAGAUCUAGAUAGCACCAAUGGGACUUUCAUCAAUGACAAGAGGCUUAACCCUGGGGUUGUUGCUGCUGUAUCAUCUGGCAAUAGCAUUACUUUUGGGGACAUCCAUCUGGCCAUGUUUCAAGUCGCAAAGCUGAAAACUGUUGAAGCUGCAAGCAAAAUCCAAGAAGAAACUGAGGAGUCAAUCAGUGAUUCUGAAACAAGUUGAGAGAAAUGCCAAAUUUUAUGUGCAAACAUUUGCACAUUUUGUAUUCUAAAACCUUUAGUUUGGACGAUUUUUUCCAAUGAGUUAUCUGAUCGUUCUGUUUGUGUUUGAGACCCUGGUCGGUACCACUACUUGAACUCCUAUGCUAAAAGAGAAGGCAAUCUUCCUUCAUUUUGGUACCAAGUGUCCUGUAAUUGAAUUCCAAUCUCCUCUUCAUUAUUAUAUUUUCCCUCUUUACUUCUCUUCUUCA